AUGGCAUCUAAAGCUUUAAUAUCAGUGGAAGAUUUAACCUGUCCUGUGUGCUGUGACAUCUUCAGGGAUCCUGUUGUCCUGUCCUGUAGUCACAGUGUGUGUAAAGUCUGUCUGCAGCAGUUCUGGAGUAAAAAAGGAUCACAGGAGUGUCCUGUCUGUAGGAGAAGAUCAUCAAAAGAGGAGCCUCCUAGAAACCUGGCUCUAAAGAACCUGUGUGAGACUUUCUUACAGGAGAGAAGUCAGAGAUCUUCAUCAGGGUCUGAGGAGUUCUGCAGUCUGCACAAUGAGAAACUCAAACUCUUCUGUCUGGAGGAUAAACAGCCUGUGUGUUUGGUGUGUCGGGAUUCAGAAAAACACACAAAUCACAAAUUUCGUCCUGUAAGUGAAGCUGCUCCUAUUUACAGGGAGAACGUGAAGACUGCCCUAAAGCGCUUAGAGGAGAAACUAGAGUUUUUCAAAAAAGUCAAACAAACCUGGGAUGAAACAGCAGAGCAUGUUAAGAUCCAGGCCCAACACACAGAGAAACAGAUUCUAGAGGAGUUUGAGAAACUUCAUCAGUUUCUAAGAGAUGAAGAGGCAGUCAGGAUAACUGCACUGAAGAAAGAGGAGGAGCAGAAGAGUCAGAUGAUGAAGGAGAAGAUUGAGAGCCUGAUUAGACAGACAGCACUUCUUUCAACCACAAUCACGGUCAUAAAAAAUGAGAUGGGAGCUGAAGAUAUUUCAUUCCUGACAGUAAGAAACACAUUUCUCUCUCUAGCCCAGUGCACACUGCAGGAUCCACAGAUGCUUUCAGGAGAACCGAUCAAUGUGGCAAAGCACCUGGGCAACCUGAAGUUCAGAGUGUGGGAGAAGAUGCAGGGCAUUGUUCAAUACACUCCUGUGAUUCUGGACCCCAACACUGCAGGACCAUGGCUCUUCCUGUCUGAGGAUCUGACCAGUAUGAGAUGCAGUGACAUGAAACAGCACAUUCCUGAUAAUCCAGAGAGAAUCGAUGGAUAUCCAUGUGUGCUGGGCUCUGAGGGUUUUAACACAGGGACACACCGCUGGGAUGUUGAUGUUGGGAACAGUACAUUCUGGGACGUGGGUGUGAUCACAGAGUCAAAUCAGAGGAAGGGAAAGACAUUCUUUCACACUGGCGUCUGGUAUGUGUGGUUAUAUGAAGGUAAAUAUGGGUCAAAGGCCUCAGGAAGGUCAGCUACUCCACUGGCAGUGAAUAAUAAACUCCAGAGGAUCAGAGUGGAACUGGACUGGGAGAGAGGAAAACUCUCAUUCUCUGAUCCUCUAAAUAACACACACAUACACACCAUCACACACACUUUUACUGAGAGAAUAUUUCCAUACUUCUAUAAUUACUGUAAACUCUCUCCUCUGAGGAUCUUACCAGUGAAGAGUUGUGUAACAGUGAAACCUCACAGUUAG